GUUCAUUCUCAGGCCGGGUAGAUCCCCAGCAACAACGCUGUGAACGGUAGAGUGCAUGAAGCUUGGGCUUUACAAUCGCCAUCCAUCCUUUAAAGACAAGCAGUUUUGUGGAAACAUAUCAUCGUCGCUGAUCAGAAGAUACACUAAGUCGGUAAAUCGAAUCUAAAGGCACUAGGGAAGAGGCGCAAAGAAAAAUUUCCAUACUCGAUGACAUUACAUCGCAAUGUCCGAUCGUUUGGGGCAAAUAACCAAGUCCAAGGAUGGGAAAAGCAAGUAUUCUUCACUCAGCCUAUUUGACAAGUACAAGGGAAAAUCAAUAGAAACUCAGAAAACCACAGCAGUUCCGCGACAUGGCUUACAGAGUCUUGGCAAAGUGGCCACAGCCCGGCGCAUGCCCCCACCCGCUCACCUGCCGAGCCUGAAGUCUGAAAACAAAGGAAACGAUCCCAACGUGAUUAUUGUGCCCAAAGACGGAACAGGAUGGGCAAACAAGCAGGAACAACUAGAUCAAAAGAGUUCUAUUGCAUCAAUAGCACAGCUGCCGGAGUUGCAGCCGCAGCUGGCUUUACAGAAAUCUGUCUCCAAUCUUCAGAAGCCCUCACCAGUAGCCAGCCAGGAGAGCACAAACACAGGUGGACCAAAGCAAUGGGCCCAGCUAAAUGGAAAGGCAGUAGAGCAAGAUGGUUCAAGGGCCUCAAACCGACUUCAGCCCUUCUCUCACGAGGAAUUUCCCACGCUGAAGGCAGCUGGGGAACAGGACAGGGCUGGCAAGGAAAGAAGCGCCUUCGAUCCGUCGUAUGGGCCCGGACCAAGCCUCCGCCCCCAGAAUGUGACGAGUUGGAGGGAGGGUGGUGGGAGGAACCUCCAACCCUCAUCCCUGCCACUUGGCCUGCCAGCAGAGCCUGAGGGCAAGCUCAGUGCCCUGGGUGAGAGUGGCACCCCUCCAACCUCAUCUCACCCCUCCUCUGCCACCAGUAACACCUCCUCUAGUGUGAUAGCUCAGUCAUCAGGCCCAGACCCCAAAGAGCCUUCCCUGCGACCGGCCCAGCCCAUCCGCAGGACUACCGUCCCCACUGCCCUGCAGUACCAGCUUCACCACACCUCAACCGCUGUCUACCACGACAUGCUGCCUGCAUUUAUGUGCUCCAAAGAGACACGUGAAACCCCAGGCACAGCAGACCAUGCACCUACCACUGUGGUGGCCCCGGCCAGAUUCGACAACAGACCUGCUUUUAGACAGAGCUAUACGAGUCCUGAUCUUGUCAAUGGUGAAGUGAGAAGAGAGAACCGCUUUGUCCGUGCCCCGCCUCGUCUCUCUUCUCAACCCAUCCGUCGACCUGGUGACAGACCGCCACGGCCGGCCAUCAUCAACCCUGAGGACCUGAAGGAUCUGGAUGAGCUGGACAAUGACUGUGAGGAUGGAUGGGCUGGACUCCACGAAGAAGUGGAUUAUAGUGAGAAGCUCAAGUUCAGUGAUGAUGAAGACGACCACUCUGCAAGUGACAAAAACAAGAUGUGGGCGGAGUGGGAGAGAGAGAGAGAGAACCAGCGUGAGUGCCAGUCCUCCCUCAGCUCAGGUGAGGUAGCCUACUCCCAGGAGGGGCCUGAGGAGAGUUACUCCCACCAUCAUCACCAUGAAUCCCUGAGGAAGAAUAACGGCAGACAUCUCUCUACAGAGACCCAGGCCCAGCAGAAAAGCUUGGGGCCAAACAUGGCCCACCAGGGCGAGUCCCUGGAUGACCAGGACGAGCACCAGCGCCAUUCUCAGACACAGGCUCCCACCAGGGCUAAGUAUGUCUCAGCAGAGCUGUCGGAGGCUGUGGAGAGGGCCCGCAGGCGCCGGGAGGAGGAGGAAAGGCGUGCCCGUGAGGAGAGGCUGGCUGCCUGUGCUGAAAAACUCAAAAAACUGGAUGAAAAGUUUGGGAAGGCUGAAAGGCAGUUGUCAAGGACAGAAGAAGGCCAAAAAGAUGCAGAGGGCAAAGAACUUACACUGUCUCCAAACAGGGAACAGAGUAAAGCCCAGCAAGACAACUGGCAGUACAGUGCGAAAGAUGCAAGCGAAUGUCCCCCAGAUAACUCCUCAGGCCAUAACUACCGUGAGGAGUCUGGGUUCUCUGCCUAUCGUAGCAGUGAGGAUGAUGGACAGGAACCCUCCUCCCCUUUGGGCGACUGCAGUGGACGUCACCCCUCCAAACCAAUCCCACCCCGCUUUCAGAAGCAGUCACAGCACCACCAGCAGCAGGAACAAGUAUACAAGAUGCAGCACUGGCAGCAGUCAGGACACCCUCCCUCCUCUGGGUCCAGCCAUCCCCAGCGGGGUUACUAUCCCCCACAUGUUCUUGGGUUUGACCCCCGCUGGAUGAUGAUGCCACCUUUCAUGGAUCCCCGCAUGGCCCAGGGGAGAUCUGUAGACUACUACCCUAAUGCUGUCCACUCUUCAGGAAUGAUGAAACCCAUUAUGCAUCAAGACCACUUGAACAGUCCCGGUUCUGAUGAGGGCUGCCACACCAGCAUGCACCAGGAGAGAAGAGCCCCUUCCACUGAGCCUUAUCCUAUGUGGAAUCAAGAUGGUUACCCCUUGCGCAGUUUCACCCCACCCUACCAGAGACAGCAUGAGAGCUCAGACAGUGGCCAGCCAGAUGACAGAAGUGACAUGGCCUGCUCCCAGCAGGACUCUUAUGAAGAGAGGGCCAAUGAGUGCCUGGACAACCCCUCAGAUGACCUCUCCCACCAUGCCUAUCACCAGAGUCGAGGCCCAGACAGAGACCACCAACACCAUGACCAAGGCUUGCUGACCACUGCUCAGAACCACUCCCAGCAACACACAGAGAGUGACUACCAAAAACAGGAUCCCAGAGAUAAGCAUCUAAAAGAUGGCCAUGAACCUCAUGAUGAGACCUUAGAUGGCUCCAAGGACAGUUGGAAAAGAGAUGGAGGCCAGAAAAAAGAUGCACCCAGUAGUGUCCAAAGUCAGUGGUCCGAACCCAGCUCCAGUUCCAGUAGCAGUGUCAGCCAGCCAUCCGAGACCAGCGGGCGAACCCUGACUCGAAGAACUGGGCCCAUUAAGAAACCAGUGCUCAAGGCUCUCAAAGUGGAGGACAAAGAGAAUGAGAAACCUAAACCUGAGCCUGAGGAGAAACCUGUCCCCUAUCGUCUGGAGAAGGAAGUUCUCACCAACGUUUAUGACUUGAAGAAAGAUAACCAGCCUGUUAGCAACAGGCACUCAGCCUCGCCCAUUAUUGAGAAACAGCCUGAAGAGAGGCAACAUCUGUCACCAGCUCCUGCCAAACCAGAGAGGCCACUGAGCACCCAGAGUGAGGACUCUCCCAAGGAGAACACCUGGGAAAGUGGUAAGAGCCAGUCAUCUAGAGACUGUCAAGAGAACAGGGAACCCCAAGCAUCCCGGCGCAACAACUGGAUUUUUAUUGAUGAAGAGCAGGCCUUUGGUGGAGCCAGGGGAACAGGCAGAGGGCGCAGUCGAGGCUUUAGGGAGUUUAGCUCUAGAGGAGGAAACCGAGGUGGCAGAGGUGGAGAAAAUCUCCGUGGAGUUUACAACAACAACAACAACAGCAGCAGCAGUGGCAGUGGGGCCCAGAGGGCAGGGAGAGGCCGAGGACAAACCAGGGACCUUGUCAAGGUAGAGGACCUACAAAGGGGUAAGCCCAGGAGGCGGAAUGUCAGUGAGACCCUGAGUGAAGCCUCUGAGUAUGAGGAGCUGCCCAAAAGGCGUCGCCAAAAGGGCUCUGAAAAUGGUGAAAGUUACACAGAAUCUGGAGAGGUCCGGAAAGCUGACAGAGACUCUUGGAGGUCCAACAAGGUGUACACAGAUGACCAAACAGCCAGUGAUGUCAGAGAUAAGGCCAAGGCCAGCAGGGGGUUUGGAGGCCGCACACUGCCUCCUAGACUGAAUACCACUGGAGGGUACAGUCGAAGCUUUGGAGGCUCCAGGGAUAUCUCCACUUGGAGGGGCCGGGGACCUCAAUUCAGUGGCGGUGGGGGUCCCAUGCAAGAAAAUGGUUAUAGUCCUGGAGCUGAGACUGCUUAUUCCCGCAGACCCCCUGCUGAACGUGAAGCCCUCAAGUAUACCAAGUUCACUGGUUCCUUCAUGGAAAAUGGCACAGAGGACCGUGAAGGAGAAUACUACUUUGACAAUGACAACCCUGACAGGCAGGUUUUAAGGAGGCGUCGGCCUCCCCGCCAGGACAAACCCCCACGUUUCCGACGUCUACGACAAGAACGUGAACCUGGAUCUGGCCAGUGGACAAGUGAUGAGUAUAUAAAUGGCGGAGACUUUGCCAGCUCCUGGCCUAGUCGCUCUAAAGGCAGUGGGGAGGACAGCUGGCCCAGUGGUCAUUACUCUGGUGGACGUUCUACCCAGCAUGGCCAGGCAGAGGACUGGGAGACAGGCUCAGACAACAGUGACUUUGGUGAUUGGAGAGAGAAGCGAGGUGGAAGUGGAGGAGCACCCUCGCAAGCACAUGGUGACAUUCCCUCCGACUCUGGCCACAGUGAACCAGGCUCUGGGGAGAAGAGGGAGCUUUCCAAGAGGAGCUUCUCCAGCCAGCGACCGUUAGUGGAGCGGCAGAAUAGGAAAGGAGAGCCAUCACUGCUGGAAGCGAGCAAGAUGCCGCGGACAGCUGAUAAUACCACCACUACUUCUUCUAACAGGAGUGAUAGUUGGCAGAAUGGCGGUGCUUCCCGUAAGAGCAGGAGCCCAGAUGAGUCAGGCCCAGUCUACAGCAUAGAACAGCCUGAGGAGAGGGAACCCAGUGAGCCCUCGGGAAAGAAACUAGACAAGGAGCUGAAGCCAGGUUCUGUCAAGUCAGACAUGGCUGAAUCUCUGUCGCAGUAUGAGCUUAACAGCUACCCAAUUGAGGGUGAUGCAGGGGGUCCAGUCUCGAGUCCAGAUGGGUACCAGGAUGCUUUGUCCAAAAAGCAGAGACGCCCUCAGGAAGAUGAGAGGAGGAGGAAAGAACAGGGAGCCACUGUGCCAGUGAAGAACAGGACAAUCACUUCCAAAAUACCACCACGCUUUGCCAAAAAGCAGGGAAACAUGAGCAUGGAACAGCCUGAGGAGGCACUUUCCUCCAACAACCUGGGAACUGAAAUCUGGGAGACCAAUAGCUCAGCUCUGUCAGUUCAGUCUACAGGCGGGGACUCAUGGACCAAACAGGUGUCAUACACUGGGAGCGAGCCCAACUCUGAGGACUCUGAUGCUGGCCCAGAGCAGAGCAAAGAACAGCACAAGCCGGGGCCCAUCGGCAAUGAACGCUCUCUAAAGCACCGCAAAGGCUCAGAAGGUGUUGACCGGCUGGAGGGUGGUCCCAUCACACCGGUAAAUGGUGUGGAUCUCCACGUCGAUACUGUGUUGCCUGUGCCUCCAAUCGAGUUUGGUGUCAGUGCCAAGGACUCUGAUUUUAGCCUGCCACCGGGUUCAACCCCAGUGCCUGUGUCCAACCCCGUCAACAAGCUUCAGGACGCACUUGCCACCAAUCCGGCGCUCAAUCAGAGCAUCCCCAUGCUUCGCUCCAACCACCUCCAGCCUGGCAUUAACCUCAACCCCAUCUCCUUUCCCAGCGCUGACCUCACCCUCAAGAUGGAGUCUGCGCGCAAGGCAUGGGAGAACUCCCAGUCCCUCCCUGAGCAGGUGUCUCCUGGGGGAGGCGCUUCAGGUGCCCAGCCUCCAUGCAGUGCCGGCUCCUCCAGUGGUGUCAGUUAUAGUUCGUUUGGAGGGGUUUCCAUGCCCCCCAUGCCUGUGGCCUCAGUAGCACCUUCAAUGUCCAUGCAAGGCAACCAUAUUCCUCCUUUGUAUCUGGAUGGCCAUGUCUUCCCUAGCCAACCACGCCUAGUACCGCCCACCAUGACUCAGCAGCAGACCUACCAGCAGGCAGCCGCAGCCCAGCAGAUUCCCAUCUCUUUGCACACGUCCCUUCAAGCCCAGGCUCAGCUGGGUCUCCGGGGAGGCCUGCCUGUGUCCCAGUCACAGGAGAUGUUUAACUCCAUCCCUCCAUUUAGGUCCCAGGUUUACAUGCACCCGAACCUGUCCCAGCCUAGCCCCAUGGUGCUGUCAGGUGGAGCCCCUCUCAAGGGGCCCUACUCUGCUUUCCCAGGCAUGCAGCCUUCAGAUAUGGUCAAGCCCCAGUCAGGUUCCCACUACCAGCCGAUGAAUGGCAGCCAGCCGCUGGUCUAUGACAGCCAGAUGAACCAGGGGCCGGGCAUGGGUUCCUCCCAGCUCAUGGACUCACAGCUCAUCCAGGUGACAAUGCCCUUACCUGGCUCUCAGCUGCGUUAUGGUUCAGCCCAGCAGCAUCUCAUCCUGCCACAGUCCAUCCAGCUACAGCAGGGACAAAACUUGUCUGUGGGCGCCCCACGUCGAAUGCUGCCCCCUGGUUCCCAGCCCCCUGUCAUGACUGGCAACCGAGAGGGCUCACAGAUGGAAAUGAAAGGCUUCCAGUUCUCUGACAAGCCCAAUCAUUCUCCAGGCAUAUCUGGAGGAUCUUACAGGCCUGGAUCUGCCAGCCCCAGUGGGAAGCCAUCUGGUCCGGGGGGCCCUGUUGGUCCCCUACCUACACAUUACACUCAACAGGUCCCACCUCCGCAGGGCAGCAUGGUGAUGCACAUGCGGCCUCCCACCACAGGUCCUUUCCCUACCCCUAUCCAGAGACCAGUCAUGCAGGUCAACAAGACCGUCAUCAUUCGCUCCCCCCCUUACCCCAAUCCCGGGCGUGAACAUCCCCACUCCACCCCCCCCUCGGCCCCCGAGCCCCCAGUUAAAGGGCCAGAGGAUGGCAUGAAGAAUAAAACCAUACGCGAAGUGCGCAAGGCAGUUGGCGAGGGUAAGGCACCAUCAGGGGGCAUGACCAGCAAACUCCAGGAGCCUCUCCCCUCCACGGGGCAAGCCAAACCAGCACGCACUGGAGCCAUUAAACCCCAGGCUGUCAAAGUGGAGGAGGGCAAGGCAUAGCAAUGGACCUUAAACUCUUCUCACCACCACCCAGCCUGUCAAUAGAGCACCCCUUGGCCAAUGUCUGAGCCUUCUACGACCCACUUCAUCCCAAGGCGCCAAGACAAGGGGCGUCCGUGCAGACAGGCGUACUGAACUAUCCUUGGAACUGUCAGAAGUGGACACUAUUAUUUCACACCACAUAUAGAUAUAUCUCUAUAUAUCUACAUAUAUAUAUCUAUAUAUAUCUAUAUAUAUGUAGAUAUAUAUAAAAAUAUAUACAUAGACAUAAACACUCUUCUAAGCAGAUCUCUGCAAGGUCCUCUUUAAUUUAUUAAUGUUAGUCCUUUUUUAAGAGGAGAAUAAUGGUAAAGAGAAAAGAUUUCUGUUUUUGUCUUAGACUCUUCAAAGUGGGGAAAAGGCAAAUGGCCAACAAAGACAGAUGGUUCAUUCUCCACACCAUCUUGCCAAACUAUGUACUCCCUCUUGAUGGACUGUAGCCUUUAAAACCAGGCAGACACUUGAUACAGGUCAUCAUGAGAAGCUAAGUCCGUUAACUCUUUUUAAAAAAAAAUUUGAAAUGCAGAGGGGCACUUUGUCAUUUUUUUUCCAUUGGCAUUUUUGCUGGUUGUUCUGGAGUUGAACCUUUUUCAAGCUAUCAUGUACUCACCCAGUUGUAGAGGACUCCUUUUAUUCAGUCAGCGAGAAAUUAACUCAAAUUUGAGGACAUCAUUGCUUGUAAACAUGGCAAGAGUGAAGUGCAUCACCUUAAACCAUGUAUCCUCUGGGGUACUUCACACAGCUCAUGAACUGAGACAAAACUGCUUAGAUAGGUAGAAAAUAUUUGUCUUUUAUUUUAUUUUUUCCUAAAAAUAUGUUAUUUGCUUUUCUGUUCUGUUGCUUGCUUUCUUCUGUAUGUAAGCUGAAGCAAAAAGAUGGACAUUUUAUCAAAAUCAUAUUGCUUCCAUGGGAACUUCACCGGCAUUGAUAAAGCGUGUGCAUGUGACGUGCUGAACAUUGUAAACUUUGAAGGACUCCUACCCGGAACCUAGCGACAUUUCAGAGAGACUGUACCUGAAGUCAGUGUACAUAUGCUGCCACAGAGUGUUUGGAUUUUGAUCAACCAAGCUGGAAACAGUUUUGGCUUAACUCCAUAGUUGUGGGGGGGGAGGGGCUGCAUUCAUGAUUACUGUAAAGGACUCCCCCUAAAAAAAAUAGCUGAUUGAAAUGUUUGCUUUCUUACUGCUUUGUUUGGGUUGUAAUGAAUUAAAAUGUCUGUUAGAUGAACAUGUGAUAUAAGUGAUGAUUUUACUUCCCUCAACCUAGAGUGUGCUUUGCGAUUUCUUUCUGGGCCCCCGAAAGGCCUUUUUUCUCUAAUUCCGUUUGAAUCCAGCUUAAUGGAAAGGUGAGGAACUAUGAAGAAACCAACCCACCACCAUUUGAUUAUUCAGCUUCUGGUCUGUGAGGUGGCACUAGCAAUAAAAUGCAGCCUAACUAUAAUCACAAUCAGGGUCCAAAUAACUAUUUUUCUGUUAAAAGGUGAUGAUCACAGCAGAGGAUGUUGAGCAUUGGUUGUUGAAUUUAAAAAUAUGAUCUUUGCUUAAGCUUUUUGUGAGCACUGCAGUUCCAGUGGACUACGAAGGACUUUUUAAAAAAAUGUUCGUUCUAUUUGAAAAUGUGAAGCUGUUGGAAUCAUCUGUUGUUUUCUUUUUGUUAAUGGACACAUUUUGAAACUCACUAUGCCAAUGUCAUAACUGGUUAAAUGUUACUGCUUACUAUAACGCUCCAUGACACUACAAAAUGUUCCGAUUUAUCUUUAUGACAGUGUUUCACUGGUGUAUAUGCAUACUUAAUUGUACAGUCAAACUUUGUCAGUGAGGGGGAGGCUUGAAACCAUGCUACAUUUUAGAUAUUGUGUCACUUAAAAGGAUUUAAUGUUUAAAAAGGUCACUAUGAUGUUCUCAGAGUGGACUGCUUUUACGUGAUGAUAGGUUUAUCUGGGCUUGGAGUGUUUUUUGCCCCUUAUCCUUUUACUGCGGAGGAUCCGAAAGCUAUCAUCAUUGUAUACCUGCACCAAAAUGUUGCCCUGACUUUUUUGUACUUUUAAGAUGCAUAUUUCAUUUUGUCAAAGGACCAGUGCUUUCUAGAACUGAUCCAACAGUCUCUAUUUAUCCUACCUGAUCUUUAUCCUUUCAGAUAUUUGGUCAUUACUCUCCCUUUCCUUGUUAAAAAAAAAAAAAAAAAGAGCUUAUUGAAAGAAAAAUAAAUAAAGAAGUUGUGAUUUCCUAAAUCUAC